UGAAUGAGUGAUCCAUCUGCAGGUUGUCCAUUUUCAACCACAUAGCUUAUUUAUCAAUAGGGUUGGAUGUAGUGUGUGCCUGCGUCAGUGUGAUUCUCAGUCAGUGGAAUGGAUUCAUCCUUCAGAUCCUCCAAAACAUUUUUCAUGGCAGUCUAGUAAAGUGGAACUUUUAAAGUUGCGGCUUGAUGGAUAUGAUUGGAGUGCACCAUUUAGUGUUGAUAGUGAAGGUGUUAUGUGUAUUUGCUUGAAAGAUCAGAUCACUGAUAACCUAAUGCAUCUCAAGGUUGAAGUGAGGAGCGGAACAAAAAGUUCACGCUAUGAAGUCAUACUUCGUCCCAAUUCCUUCACCAGUCCUUACAGGGUUGAAAACCGCUCAUUGUUCUUUCCUAUACGUUUCCGGCAAGUGGAUGGUGCUAAUAAUUCAUGGAAAUUUCUUCCUCCCAAUGCCUCAGCUUCCUUUUCUUGGGAAGAUCUUGGUCGAAGACGAUUGUUGGAGGUCUUGAUUGAUGGAUCUGAUCCUGCAGCAUCACUGAUUUAUAAUAUUGAUGAGAUAUGUGAUCAUCAGCCCAUCCAUGUCUCUGGAGGACCUGAGAAAGCUUUACAUGUCAUUAUCCAAAAAGAAGAGAAAGUUAAUGUAGUCAAAAUCAGUGAUUGGAUGCCUGAAAGUGCAACCUACGCUAUUUUGAAUAGAAAUCCUUCUUUAUUACCCUCUUCUGGAACUAGUUCUGUGUCUCAGCAAACACUUUCUAACACAGAAAGUGAAUUCCAUUUCAUAGUUGAGGUCGCAGAGCUUGGAUUAUCAGUUAUUGAUCAUACACCAGAAGAGAUAUUAUAUCUGUCAGUCCAGAAUCUUGUGCUCUCAUAUUCAACAGGAUUGGGGUCUGGAGUCAGCCGGUUAAAAGUAAGAAUGAGGGGUAUUCAAGUGGACAAUCAAUUGCCUUUAACUCCAACCCCAGUACUCUUCAGGCCGCAGAGAGUUGGACAAGAGAACGAUUAUGUUUUGAAAUUUUCACUGACGCAGCAAUCUAAUGGAUCAUUAGAUCUAUGUGUAUAUCCAUACAUAGGUUUCCAAGGACCUGAAAAUUCUGCCUUUCUAAUUAAGAUUCAUGAGCCAAUAAUUUGGCGACUGCAUGGGAUGAUUCAGCAGACCAAUCUAAGUCGAUUGUACAAUACAGAAACUACUUCAGUCUCUGUUGAUCCCAUAAUACAGAUUGGUGUUCUCAACAUAUCCGAGGUCCGCUUGAAGGUUUCUAUGAUCAUGUCCCCAACACAAAGGCCAGUGGGUGUUCUAGGGUUUUGGGCUAGUCUGAUGACUGCGCUCGGAAACACUGAAAAUAUGACUGUCCGGAUAAACCAAAGAUUUGUGGAAAAUGUAUGCAUGAGGCAUAGUGUUAUGAUUAGUAGUGCUAUCGCGAACAUUAAGAAGGAUCUUCUUAGCCAGCCUCUCCAGCUACUGUCUGGUCUUGAUAUAUUAGGCAAUGCCAGUAGCGCACUUGGACACAUGAGUAAAGGUGUUGCUGCGUUAUCAAUGGAUAAGAAAUUUAUUCAAAGCCGACAGAAACAGGAAAGCAAAGGUGUGGAGGACUUUGGUGAUGUUAUUAGAGAAGGUGGAGGAGCAUUUGCAAAGGGUCUCUUCCGAGGUGUCACUGGAAUUUUAACCAAACCCUUGGAAGGUGCCAAAGCUUCAGGAGUUGAAGGUUUCGUACAGGGUGUGGGGAAAGGGUUAAUUGGUGCUGCUGCUCAACCUGUUAGUGGUGUCUUGGAUCUUUUGUCAAAAACAACUGAAGGUGCCAAUGCUAUGAGAAUGAAAAUAGCAUCUGCUAUUGCUUCUGAAGAUCAACUCCUUCGAAGGAGGCUGCCUCGAGUGAUAAGUGGUGAUAAUCUUGUUCGACCCUAUGAUGAGUUUAAAUCACAAGGACAGGUAGAGAACUUGGUCUACUUUGCUGGAGUGGCCCUUUCUUUCCUCGUCUUUCCUACUUUGUGGCAUUCUAAUAUGCUUGAACAUGAGAUUCAUAACAGCAAUAUGCUACACAUUAAAUGGGACAAGCUACUAUGGACCCUUGCUUCCUUUCUUUCCUGCUAUUUGACGUGCCAAUAUACUCGAUCAUAAGAUUGAAUAAGGAAA